AUGCGUCUCCCGUUCCGCUUCACCCUCGACAACAUCGACUCAUACCAAAACCCCCCAGGUCCUCUCGAUCGAAACCACAGCGGCCAUGAUCCGCCGACAGUCGUAUAUCCCAAAGUUCCCAUCAUUCGCAUUUUUGGGACAACGGAGGGUGGACAGAAGGUUAUGGCACAUGUGCACGGGGUGUAUCCGUAUCUGUAUGUUGAGUACACGGGGAGUUUGGUGCCGGAUACUGUUCAAACGGAGAUUCAUCGACUUCAUACGAGUAUCAAUCGGGCUAUGUGUCUUUCAUUCCGCCGGAAUCCGGACGACGUGAAGAAUAUCUACGUUGCGCGAAUCACCCUCGUCAAGGGUGUACCCUUUUACGGCCUAAAUGUUGGCUGGAAGUUUUAUUUCAAGAUCUACAUGCUUUCGCCCGGUUACAUGACCAGACUUACGGAAUUGCUCGCUCGUGGGAUGAUUAUGAAGAGGGUGUUGCAGCCUUAUGAGGCUCAUAUACCGUACCUGUUGCAGUUCAUGAUUGAUUACAAUUUGUACGGGUGUGGGUUUAUGAAGCUUAAGGCGGUGGGAUUUCGUCAGCCGCUUCCCGAACCACCAGAGAGCGAUGGUCAGGAGCAAGUAUCUGAGGGUGACUCCUCCCAGCUCCUCUACAACACAGAUACCGUCCCAUCAACCCUCGUUCAACCAUCCGCCUCCUUCUCCCGCCUCUCAUACUCCGAACUUGAAAUCGACAUCCAAGCAUCCGCAAUCAUCAACCGCACCUGGGUCCUCCCCCGCCCCCUUCACCACGACUUCACCGAACGACUCAACCCCUACGACCCCACCUCCCAACUCGUUCACUCCAUGCGCGAACUCUGGCAAGACGAGCAAAACAGACGAAGCGCAAAGGGUAUGCCGAGUACUAUUCCUACACCGAGUGUGGGGGAGGAGAGGGUAAGGGAUAAGGGAUGGGUGCAUGAGGAGGAGUAUUGGGAGGCGUUGGAGGUUAGGAUGAGGGAGGAGAGGGGGAGGUUGGGUGGGGUUAGGCCGAGGUUUGGGACGUGGGUUAAACCCACGCCGUUCGAAAGUCUUGUGCAGACCGCGUUUGAGAGUGUGAAGGAUAUGUUUUUGCAGGAGGGACCGGAUCCGGAAGAGCUUGAUGCAAAUGGGAUCGGAAAUGGGAGCGAUGUAAAUGUUGGUGCUGCUUCAUCUCAAGCGCGCGAACUUGCUACUGAUGAGUCCUGGAUUCGAAUGUCUGGACAUUCGGAGGCAGAGGUUGAUGAGAUCGCUAUUAUGGCGAUGGAGCAACUGGAAGACGCAGAUGACCCAAACGAUUGGGUUGCAAAGGAGGAUGAGAACGUAGGGGAUGGGGAGGAAGAAGAUGAAGGCGUGGGCCUUGAUGAAGGGCGAGACUUACAACAGAUAAAUGAGGCAGAACAAUUGGUCGAUGGUUUGGAGGACGCGGCCGACACACCCUACAAGCGCCGUAAGCGGGUUUUGGAUGCUAUGCAAUCAGGAGAUUCAGAGGAUGCAACGCCCUCUCGCUUGAUUGAUCAUAAGCGUCUGAAGACUGAAAACGGCGGCGAUCUAGGUUCUUUCUCGUCGCCUAUAUCCAAGCAAACGAAACACUCCGCUCGACGUCAUUCACAGACGUCAGUUCCUCGAUCAUCCAAUGGCGUAAGUGUUGAAGGCGGAUCGUGCACUUCAUCGGCUGAGCAUGCUGCCGUUCGUCACCUUGCAACUAGCCUUUCUAUUCCUUCAAUUGCGCUAUACCGUCAACGGCCUCCGACAUCUGAGAUGUUGCUUUCGACGUGCGAUGAGUAUGAUCUACCUAGGGUCGUGUACACUCAGCCUCAUUGGGGAAACAUCUCGGAUGUUGAACCAGGUGCACGGGAGUACGCUGGCAAGGAAUUCGUCAUCAAGGGUGAUACUAUGAAUUAUCUGGACUACUUCGAGACGCCGUAUAGUGCCCUUGCGGACAGUAGCUCUGCUCGGAAUGCUUUGGACAAGCCGCGUAGUUCGCUUUGGAUGUACGGCAAGCCGCCUGUCAGUCGGCGAGAUGCGGUGGCGUGGCUGAGUUCUCGAAGUAUUGGGUUCACAGUCACCCGGAAACCGGAACACGGCAUUUCCCAGGUUGAAGGACCCACGCAAAAGAAUCCAUUCGGAGCGAAGUAUACUCCAGGCCCUGCGAACGCACGAAUGUUGCAGCCACAGACACAAAGUGUCUUGUCUUUGGAGAUACAUGUGAAUACACGUGCUGGGAAUCAUCCUGAUCCGAAGAAAGAUGAGGUUGCUGCAGUGAUUUGGUGUUUACAGCGUACUUCUGCCUCGCAAGCUGCCGGGCGAGCUGAAUGUGAUGUUACGCUCGGUGCAGUUACUGUAUCUGACAGUGAUAUCACAUCUGCGAGGUUCUCGUUACAGGCUCAUGAAGGCACCGCUGUUGAGACUGAGCUUGAUGUCGUCAACUAUCUGAUUGAUCUCGUUCGGAAUUCGGAUCCUGAUAUCCUUGCGGGAUUUGAGGUACAGAGUUCGUCCUGGGGUUAUCUGAUCGAGAGGGCGCGUCUGGCGUAUGAUUUCAAUCUCUGCAAUGAAUUCUCACGUGUGCGAGAAGAGUCGCAUGGUCGAUUCGGAAAGGAUAACGAUCGUUGGGGGUUCAACCAUGCGUCUGCGAUCCGAGUGACUGGGAGGCAUGUGAUAAAUAUAUGGCGUGCGAUGCGUGCUGAACUGAACUUACAGCAGUACACCUUGGAGAAUAUCACGUUUCAUUUGCUUCAUCGUCGGAUUCCUCAUUACAGCAAUGCCGACCUGAGCACUUGGUACACGAGCUCCAGCCCGAGUAGACGAGCGCGGGUCCUCGAUUAUUACCUGUCUCGGGUGCAGCUCAAUCUGGACAUUCUGCGGAAGCAAGAACUUGUUGAACGAACUAGUGAACAGGCUCGUGUUCUAGGAGUAGACUUCUACUCCGUCUUCUCGCGAGGUUCACAGUUCAAAGUCGAGUCAUCGAUGUUUCGCAUUGCUAAGCCGGAGAGCUAUAUGCUGAUAUCACCGACACGCAAACAAGUCGGAUCACAGAAUGCCCUGGAAUGUAUUCCUCUGGUUAUGGAACCUCAGGCGAAGUUCUAUUCAGAUCCUGUUAUCGUGCUGGACUUUCAGUCCCUGUACCCAUCCAUUGUUAUCGCUUACAACUAUUGUUACUCAACAUGUUUGGGAAGAGUCGAAACCUGGAGAGGUGAGAACAAGAUGGGAUUUUUGGAUCAUAAACUUCCGCCUGGGUUACUUGAGCUCCUGGCGGAUGAUGUAACUGUUGCACCUAAUGGUUUCGUAUACGCGAAGCCGUCGUUGAGAAAGUCGCUACUCGCCAAAAUGCUGUCAGAACUCCUUGACACUCGAAUCAUGGUUAAGGAUAGCAUGAAGCUACAUAAGGACGAUAAAGAGCUCCAGAAACUCUUGAACAACCGCCAACUAGCACUGAAACUCUUGGCUAACGUAACAUAUGGAUACACUUCUGCGUCUUUCUCUGGAAGAAUGCCUUGCGCCGAGAUUGCUGACAGUAUCGUUCAAUCCGGAAGGGAAACGCUGGAGAAAGCUAUAGAGGUUAUCCAUAGUACUCGUGAGUGGGGCGCAGAAGUGGUUUAUGGCGACACCGACAGUUUGUUCGUGCAUCUCCCUGGACGCACGAAGGAUGAGGCUUUUGAUAUCGGGUAUGCCAUAGCAGAUACCAUCACUGCUAUGAACCCUCCCCCUGUCAAGCUGAAAUUCGAGAAGGUAUAUCUCCCUUCCGUUCUCUUGGCGAAAAAGCGUUACGUGGGCUUCAAGUAUGAACACCGUAACGCUCAGGAGCCGGAAUUCGAUGCCAAGGGUAUUGAAACUGUCAGACGGGAUGGUAUACCGGCAAUUCAAAAGAUGAUGGAAACAUCGCUCAAGAUAUUGUUCCGCACCGCGAAUUUAUCCGCUGUGAAGCGCUAUUUCCAGAGGCAGUGUAGCAAAAUCAUCACUAAUCGCGUUUCGAUACAGGAUUUCACAUUUGCCAAGGAAGUGAAGAUGGGCACGUACAGUGAAAAUGGUGUUCCGCCGCCAGGCGCUGUCAUCAGUGCCCGAAAGAUGGCCGAGGACGCUCGAGCUGAGCCCCAGUAUGGUGAACGUGUUCCUUACGUGGUUGUUGCAGGCGCACCCGGUUCAAGGAUCGUCGAUAAAGCUGUAUCGCCCGAAGAGAUGAUAUCCAAUCCAGAGCUGCGUCUUGAUCAUCAAUACUACAUAGAGAGGACGAUUAUACCGCCCUUGGAACGAGUGUUCAAUAUCAUGGGAGUCAAUGUUUCGUCAUGGUGGAAGGACAUGCCGAAGGCGGCUCAGAUAUCUUGGUCCGACAGCUAUACGAGACACCAAUACAAAAGUGACAUCGAUUCUUUCGUCGAUAGGAGGCUCUGCAUAAGUUGCAUGAAACGAGAACCUAUCGACCAGGACGUCUGUCAGGUUUGCAAAAAGAACUCAGAAGGGGUCGCAUUUCAACUAGCAAUGCGUACCAAACAAGCAGCAGAGCAAAACGCCGGGUUGCAAGCUGUGUGCACGUCGUGCUGUGCAGUCCCGUCUGGCAGCGACAUACGCUGCGAUUCUCGGGAUUGCCCCGUAUAUUAUCGGCGCGUUCGUGCUGCUUCAGCUUGGAGGUCUCAGAGUGCGACGAAAAUUCCCGCAACCGACAUAACGUGGUAG